AUGAGAGAAAUAGUUCACAUCCAAGCCGGUCAGUGUGGUAAUCAGAUAGGUGCUAAGUUUUGGGAAGUCAUAUCCGAUGAACAUGGGAUAGAUCCAAGUGGUACCUACAGAGGAGACAGUGACUUGCAAUUAGAAAGAGUUGAUGUAUUUUACAAUGAAGCAACUGGUGGUAGGUAUGUACCAAGAGCCAUUUUAAUGGAUUUAGAACCCGGUACUAUGGAUAGUGUUCGUGCAGGACCAUUUGGUCAAUUAUUUAGACCUGAUAACUUUGUAUUUGGUCAAACAGGAGCUGGGAACAAUUGGGCUAAGGGACAUUACACCGAAGGUGCAGAAUUAAUAGAUGCCGUUUUAGAUGUAGUUCGAAAAGAAGCAGAAGGUUGUGAUUGCUUACAAGGAUUUCAAAUUACACAUUCGUUAGGAGGUGGUACAGGUAGUGGUAUGGGUACCUUGUUGAUCAGUAAAAUUCGAGAAGAAUAUCCUGAUCGUAUUAUGGAAACCUUUUCUGUAUUCCCAUCACCAAAAGUAUCAGAUACAGUUGUUGAACCAUACAAUGCAACCUUAUCUGUUCAUCAAUUAGUAGAAAAUGCUGAUGAAGUUCAAGUUAUAGAUAAUGAAGCCUUGUACGAUAUUUGUUUUAGAACAUUAAAACUAACAACUCCAACAUAUGGUGACUUAAAUCAUUUAGUUUCAGCGGCUAUGUCAGGUGUUACAUGUUCAUUAAGAUUCCCAGGUCAAUUAAAUUCGGAUUUAAGAAAAUUAGCUGUUAAUUUGAUUCCAUUCCCACGUCUUCAUUUUUUUAUGAUUGGAUUUGCACCCCUAACGAGUAGAGGUAGUCAACAAUACAGAGCCUUAACCGUACCGGAGUUAACUCAACAAAUGUUUGACGCAAAAAAUAUGAUGUGUGCAAGUGACCCAAGACAUGGAAGAUAUUUGACUGCUUGUGCCAUGUUCAGAGGAAGAAUGUCAACUAAGGAGGUAGAUGAACAAAUGUUAAAUGUGCAAAAUAAGAACUCUUCUUACUUCGUUGAAUGGAUUCCACACAACACAAAAUCUAGCGUUUGUGAUAUUCCACCAAAGGGAUUGAAGAUGGCAGUCACAUUCGUAGGAAAUUCUACAGCUAUUCAGGAAAUGUUCAAGAGGGUGUCAGAUCAAUUUACAGCUAUGUUUAGAAGAAAGGCAUUUUUGCAUUGGUAUACUGGAGAAGGUAUGGACGAAAUGGAAUUCACAGAAGCAGAAUCAAACAUGAACGACCUUGUUUCAGAAUAUCAACAAUACCAAGACGCAACAGCUGAAGAAGAAGGAGAAUUUGAAGAAGAGGAAGGAGACGUCGAAGCUUAA